GAAACAUGACAAGUGUUGCCAUUGUGCUGUGGAGCACGCGAGGAUGGCAGCUCUCACACAGCACCACGCCGGCCAGUGCCAGCUUUGAAUCAGCCGCAUCAACACGCGACGCCAAGCAGGUUCUCCCGUGUGGCCGAGCUUCGCGGUGCCGGCUGCGUAUUGUGUGCUCAGCUUCAACAAGUUUCACCCAAGACACGAUGCCUGGAGCCGUUGCCCUUGUUACCCACCACGCCGAGGCUGUGCCCGAGCUCCCCAUCACCUCCCGUUCAAUUGACUUGAGCAGUGUUGCUAAGCUGCAGCGAGCCGUGCGCAUGUUCCCUGUCACCGUGAGCACUGCCGUCCAGGAUGCCGAGACAGACACGCCGCUGUCUCUGUUGUCGUUUACGGCCAGCAAGGCCCGCCACGCGUCCGCACUCCGCGCCAUCUUCAGCACCACCAGCGUGUCCUGGCUCGACUGCAGCACAGAGCAGUUCAUCGUGGACAAGGUGUGUGAGUUCGCCAGAGCCUUCUUCAACCCUAGCGAUGACAAGCCCUGGCAGGGAAGCCCUGGUCACUGCGCGUCGCCCCUGACGCACACACUCGUGGCAGACGUCAUCCUGCUUGUGUGCACGUUUACAAGCGAGCUUGAGCUUGCGACCUCCACCGCCGACAAGCAGUACAACCACCACCAGCGGGCAUGA